AUACGGCGCUCAGCGGAGGGUGAGACGGCCUCGCGACUGACUGACGCCAGGUCGAGCAGCCGCAGACUCAACUCAGGCAGUUGGAGAACAGAGUGUGGUGUUCACACACAGCACAGAGUGACUCCAAAGACAGAGGGGUUUGGAAGCUGAGACAUAACAAGGACGCAAAAUUCAGGAAUUUUCCCCAUUUUUCUUCUGAGACUUGACAGUUCGGCACCACUGCACACGCUUUCUUUAGGAGAGUGGAGGACGGUGACUUGUGCACUAUGAAUGUUACAUCGCUCUUCUCCUUUACUAGCCCUGCUGUCAAACGUCUGCUGGGCUGGAAGCAGGGGGACGAGGAAGAGAAAUGGGCAGAAAAAGCUGUGGAUGCUCUGGUUAAGAAACUGAAAAAGAAGAAGGGAGCCAUGGAGGAGCUGGAGAGGGCUCUCAGCUGCCCGGGUCAGCCCAGUAACUGUGUGACGAUCCCACGCUCACUGGAUGGACGGCUACAGGUGUCCCACAGGAAGGGCCUGCCACAUGUCAUUUAUUGUCGGGUGUGGCGCUGGCCUGACCUGCAGUCCCACCAUGAGCUGAAGGCACUGGAAUGCUGCGAGUACCCUUUUGGCUCCAAACAGAAGGACGUGUGUAUCAACCCCUACCACUACAAACGCGUGGACAGUCCAGUGCUGCCUCCUGUGUUGGUGCCAAGGAACAGCGAGUUCAACGCCAAGCAUACAAUGCUGCCCCGGUUCCGCAACCCUCUGCAGCAAAACGAGCCACACAUGCCACAGAAUGCCACCUUCCCAGAAUCCUUUGCUCAAGCAAACACUGUGCCUUUUCCACACUCAUCGGGAAAUGGCUUUCCAAACUCGCCGGGAAGUGGCAGCAGCAUCACCUUUCCUCAUUCACCAUCCAGCUCCGACCCCGACAGUCCAUUCCAAAUGCCAGAGACUCCCCCUCCUGCCUAUGUGCCCCCAGAGGAGCAGAUGACUCAGGAUUGUCCUCAGCCAAUGGACACCAACCUCAUACCUCCACUUUUGCCUCUGGAGAGCAACAACCGGCCACCUGGCUGGGGAGCAGAGUACCACCGUCAGGAUGUGACCAGCACCCCCUGCUGGAUUGAGAUCCAUCUGCACGGUCCACUCCAGUGGUUGGAUAAAGUACUAACCCAGAUGGGCUCCCCCCACAAUCCUAUAUCAUCCGUCUCCUAGGCGUCACUGUCCCCAGGCCUCUCAGCCCUGCGGCUGUUCACACCCCCAGCAUUUUGGUCCAAGUAGCAAGAACAGCAGCUAACUGGUGUCAGACUGGUUUGUGUUUUAGUCACUGGUCUGUGGUUUUGACUGAAACACAAACUUAACCUGGAACUUGUAGGAUGGGGCAGGUUGUUACGUGCGUAUUUCUACUUGAAGGACAUCUGAAUUGGGCACAUUAACAGACUGAGAAAGGAACAGGUAAAGUGAUGCAACUG